AUGGAAGUUCUCGGCGGUGCAGCCACCUUGGCCAAAAUUGCGGCCAAGGGACUUGAAACCAUACAAGGAAUUGCCAACACUGAAUCCGACUACGCCGAGCUCUGUGGCGAGCUUAAUUUCAUCGAGGCAAUUAUCCGAAAUGCCCAGCAGACGUCGAUGCAAGGCAAGGAUACGACACCGAUGUUCGGAAUACAAGAUCAGAUUGAAAAGCUUGCAUCUAUGCUUACAGAAAUAUCAAAGGGCUUGAAUGAAAUCAAGGCCAAGUGCCAGCACAAGUCCACCAAGGGAGGCUCGUCGGCUAGCAAAACGAAGUGGUUUAUGCAUAGCGGCAAGAUUGGCGAGAUGCGGCAAAAGGCGAAGCAAAUAAAAGAGGAUCUGCAUAUGGCGAUUAACAUGCACAUGAGCACGCUAAAUCAUCAAAGAAUUAUGCAACUGCAAGAGGUUGUUUGCCGGCUUGAUAUAUCUGCGAGGCAACUGGAGCACAUGCCACACGCUGCAAUGGUAAUUUUAUCGGCCCAAGAGCAGAUCAUGAAUGGCCAGACUGAGGAGGAUGCGCAGAGAAUCCAAGAGCUGGAUGACGAGGGAAAUGAGCUCAACAGUAACGACACGAGUGCAACUACGCAUGCCCAAGGACCAGCACCCCUAGACGCACCUUCACAGAGUCUGGUUGGUCAAAGAACCACGGUGGCGGUGGCUUUCCAGAAGACAAAGUGUCCAACGCAGUGUGUGUGUCGUUGCCACACUCGCUCACGGAAGAUUUCUAGCCCGGAAUGGAUAAAGAAGCUGACAGGAUCGUGGGAACUACAAUACAAGCCACAAAUAGCUGGACUUCAGUGGGAUACGCGUUGCCCAUGCAACAAGUCGGACGGCCUGGAGAUUGCAUGGCGGCCUCCAGAGUGGUGGUGGAUACAAUCCUUUUUCCCUCGUCCCAAUCGCUAUUCUCUAAAAUGUGCGCUCCGUCCAGCUAGAGUCUUGCCAUGGGGAUCACAAAAAUAUGGCUAUUUGGACAAGUCCGUAGCGGAUAUUUGCCAGGCCAUGGACAAUGGAAUGGCUGUAUUUCCUGACGAUGAGUUUGACAUCGAUUUUGGCAUUAUCGAGCUUUUCAUUGCGCAAGAGCAGUUCGAGGUUUUGGAGUUUCUGCUGCUGCAAUGGAAGAAUAUAUUGGUAGAAAGUGGGCUCUCUAGAAGUGCAGGAUUUUGGGCGUCGAGUUAUCUAAGGUUCAAGUCACUAGGUGAACCAGAAGUGCGAGUGCUGGAACAAGUCGUCUCAUACGUCGACUGGGAGACGGACCUGGCUACAUCACCACUUCACGAGGUCGCCCUUCUGGGAUCGGGAGUGCAAGAAAGCUGUGCUAAGCAAAAGGACUUGGUCGAUACGUGGGAUGAGACUGGACAUACGCCACUGCACCACGCAAUAACGCAAGGUCACACUCAGGCCGUGCAGGAUUUGAUUGAUGCGGGAGUCAACGUCAAUCGCAGAACAUUCAACGAGGACACUCCGUUGACGUUGGCCGCUGUACACGGCCGCACGGAAUGUAUGCGACGUUUGCUUUUGACAAGGCGGAUCAAUCGUAUUGAUGAACGAGAUAGAUUCAAGCGAACUGCACUGCAUUGUGCUGCUUCCGGGGGUCAUUCAGAGGCGGUGCGGCUGCUGCUCGAGGCCGGAGCAUCGCCAUUGCUGCGUUCCAUUUGGGGCGAUUUUCCACUCCAUCACGCGGUAAAAUCUGAGAACGAGAAUCCAGCCGAAAUAGCAGCCAUCAUCAACUUGCUUCUCGAUGCACCAGGGACAGAUAUCAAUGCAACGAAUGACAGAGGGGAUACAGCCAUUAUGAUGGCCGUGAGGAAUAAUAACCAUGUCGCUUUGCGUUGUCUGGCGCAAGCUGGGGCUUCUCUCACAGCAGUGAACAAGGAUUCCGACACCAUGCUACACCUCGCUGCCUGGUGCGGGGAUCUAGAAACUCUGCAUUUCCUCGACGGCCAGGAAUUGACUUGCAUCAACUGGAAGCUACCUGGCGAACUAAGUUGGACUCCUUGGAUGUGGUUCAUGCGUCGCUUGAAUCAUUCCGAACGGAAGCCAGACCCGGCUGAAAUGAUUGCCUUUGUGCAGCUGUACAGAGGCAUCCGGGAUCGGGAUCUCGCCCACGAUAUUUCGCUCCUGGAGCAAACCCUCGCGGCGCUGGACCGGAACGACGAAGCCGAGGCUCCUUUCCACCUUUCGGCAAUCAUUCAGUCUAAAGAAGCAUAUUAUGACGAGCAUAGUGCUGGAUUCUACCGCGGCUUAAGGGGGCAUCUAUCUUGCGGCGACAAGGAAAGACUGUUGGACGAUAUUCAGGCAGAUCUCCAAGAGCUCCGGCUUGAAAUGGCGAGCAGCCCUUGGGACCUGGAUCCUUUCGGUAAAUUUGAUUCAGAUGAGUGUCUAUCGGAAUCAGAUGAGUCUCUAUCGAAUCCAGAUGAGUCUAUAUCGGAUUCAGAGGAUUUUAGCGAAUCGCCCAUACGCCAAGAAAGUGAUGCAAGCAAUGGGAAUUAA